AUGUUCGCAGAUCCACCUAAGGAGAGACCUGAAGGCUCGGUCGAAGACAAAGAGAAGAAUGACCCUACCUACGACGAGUGGACGUCCGCUGGGUCAUGGAAAACACCGCAUUGGGAGAAGCCGUUGCAGCUGAAACCGGAUGGGGAGACGUCGCCGACGGACCUGCAGAGGAGGAAGAACCAGAAGUCACUGAGGAGGCACCGGAAGCAGAAGAAGAAGAAGAAGAAGAAGAAGAAGAAGAAGAAGAAGAAGAAGAAGAAGAAGAAGAAGAAGAAGAAGAAGAAGAAGAAGAAGAAGAAGAAGAAGAAGAAGAAGAAGAAGAAGAAGAAGAAGAAGAAGAAGAAGAAUCAUUGA